UCUCUCUUUUUAUUUGCUGCUAUAGCGAAAGUAACCCUAAGAAAGAAGUUUUCAUUUUGAAUCAAUCGGCAAUGGGGGAUUAUGGGUAUCUAUCGGAUACAGACGAUUCAGCAGUGGAAGAGCUGAUAUCGCAAGCGAAGGAGCUUUCGGCUCUGGAGCAAAUAGCAGCCAUCAACUGUUCUUCCUUCACCGACUCUUCUACUCUUCCCCAUGAUCUCGAAUCUCGUUUCCGUCGCCUCAAAACUCUUCCUUCCGCUCGACCCGACCCGGUUUCGUCUAAAGUUAGUAACAAGAAUCUCACCCACUCCAAGAGCGUGGCGACUAGUCACCCAAAGGACCCAGAUUUAUCUGGAAACCGACGAAACCCAGUUAAUAAAUCUGGCUUUGAUGAGGAUUCGAGUGUUCCCUCGAGAAAUGAACGAGAUCUGGGUACUGAGAGAAGCUCGCGAGCUGGGCUUGACACAGAUGGAAGUGGAGACUUCUCGGCAGCUAAACGUGCCCAGAAGCUUUCUAAAGAGAAACGAAGAGUCGGUUCAUCAUCAUCUUCAUCAUCUUCUGUUGAUUUAGCGACACCACCCUCGUCAUCGGAUUCAGAACCGGAGAAGAAAUCGAAGUCGAAAUCAAGCUCAUGGGUUAAGAAGUUGUCUCCAUCGAAGAUCAUUGGAUACAUUUGGUCUUCUCCGAACAAAUCAUCGUCUGCCAAGAAGAAGAACAUCAAGAGCAUCAAAUCGUUUGGUCGCGACAGAGAUGUUGAUUUCGACGAGUUUUUGUCCGAUCUAAAUGCGUAUUCUGUCGAGGAUCAGAGGAAGAUGCUUAAGAAAGCUCUCAAGGAACAGCAGAAGAUGCGUAAAGAAGCUGCUCAGAUCAUCAAAAUGACCAGAAAGGCCUCUGCAAGAUUUGAUUUUGAUGAUUAAAGAUUCGCCUUGUUGUUUUGAGUUUGGAGAAAAGCUAGCAGUUACUUUACCAAAAAUAAUUUAAAUUUACUAAGUAUAAAAUAUAAAUAAGUUCUCCUUUUAGUUAAUAGUAUUAUUAUGUAUUAAUAAUUAUUCCUUUUCCAACAAUUCGUUUUCGUUUA